UGGCUCCCUCCCGCCCGUCUGCUGCUGCCGGCGUCGCUCCCUCUCUUGAAACUGUCAAAGUGACACUUGCAAGACCGUCUUGUCACCACUAACCCUUUACCAAAACUCGACAAAAUGACCAAGAAGCGCAGGGGCGGAGGACGCAACAAGAAGGGACGUGGACACGUCCGCUCGGUUCGCUGCUCGAACUGCUCGCGCUGCGUUCCCAAGGACAAGGCCAUCAAGCGCAACUCGGUCAAGAACAUGGUCGAGGCCGCCGCCGUCCGUGACCUUUCCGACGCUUCCGUCUACUCGGAGUACGCUCUCCCCAAGCUCUACGUCCGCCUGGCCUACUGCGUCUCGUGCGCCAUCCACGCCAAGGUUGUCCGCGUGCGCUCGGACAAGCCCGGAGCCAUCAACUCGCGCAAGAACCGUGCCCCCCCUCCCCGCGCCAUCUUCAAGGACGGCAAGCGCGUCAACCCCGCCGUUGCCGCCGCCCUUGCCGCCAAGCAGGCCCAGGCCUCGUCGUAAGACGGCGGCUCGCUCACCGGCGAGGCGACGACCUUCGACGUGCGCGGCUGGUAGUUGGCUUUGGUAGCAUAGGACUGGGAUCAUAGCGUGAUGAAGUCCGUCUCCACAGAACAAGGAA